UAUAGCAUUUAAAAAGAGAGUGUGGCAGGGCGCACACUUUCAAUGUCAAUGCUAAUAUCAUAUGGCAACACUUUCAGUGAAUUGUCAAUUUGCGUUGCUCCUGCUAUGGCUUGGUAUUUGGCUGUCGGAGUGCAAAAAUAUUGGUCCCUCGUUGGACGAUGACCUCCUAUCUCCGUACCCCUACGGCCAUAGCCAUGGACCCUCGCACUCUCACCGACAUGUCCGAGACUGCCAGCCCGUUGUCCAUGGCAACGUCACCCACCAGACCUGGCCCGCCAGCAACCACACUGGGGUGCCCGUGGCUGAAUCCAAAGUCUUUGUCUCGGACGUCCCUGGCACAACCCGAUGGGUCACAGGUCACAUGACAGUAGUCCACGACCCCCUGAGGACGGUGUCUGUGCUGGAGCCUGGAGGGCCGGGGGGGUGCGGGAUGAACCAGAGGGAGGCGGUGGAGGAAACUGCUAGAGCCGGCAGGUGUCUCUAUGCCCAGAAUGGAGGGUUCUUUGGUACUAAGAACGGGGAGUGUUUGGGGAAUGUAGUGAGUGACGGGGUGCAAGUGAGGGACAGCGGAGGGGUGCAGAAUGCCCAGUUUGGCAUCAGGAGGGACGGGACACUGGUGUUUGGUUAUCUCUCUGAGGAGGACGUACUGGAUGAGGCCAAUCCCUUUGUGCAGUUGGUCAGUGGGGUGGUGUGGCUGCUCAGAGACAGCCAGGUCUACAUUAACCAGAGCAUAGAGGCCGAGUGUGACCGUACACAGGAUACAGGGAAAUUCCGACAUUUUGUGGACGUGGUGUCGGCCAGGACAGCGGUUGGUCACGAUGAGGAGGGAAAACUGAUCCUGUUCCACAUUGACGGACAGACUGACCACAGAGGCAUGAAUCUUUGGGAGGUGGCAGAUUUUCUGAAAGGUCAGGGGGUCAUCAAUGCCAUCAACCUGGAUGGGGGCGGUUCCUCCACCUACGUGGCGAAUGGCUCAAUGGCCAGCUACCCCUCGGACCACUGCGUCUCAGACCCCAUGUGGCGCUGCCCUCGGCGGGUCUCCACCAUCCUGUGCCACCAGCCCCAGUGCCAACCUGAGGACUGCAGCGGGCACGGGAUGUGUAUCGAUGGGCACUGCCAAUGCCAGGAGGGCUGGAGUGGGACAGGCUGUGACACCCUGGUGUGCCAACCGCCCGCCUGCGGUUCCCACGGUGUCUUUACACAGGGUGAGUGAUGACUGGUGAGGAGUGGGUACAGUUGUUCUCUCCUUUCUGAGUUCUGAACCAGCUCUCUAGGUUACAAUGAAACUCGUCUCUUCUCUCCUCUCUUUCUCUAUUGUCUUUCUUUCUAUUGUCUUGGUUUCCAUGGCGACUCCUGUGAACAAGAGUGUCCUCUGGGUUUCUACGGGCUGGACUGUGGGCAGGAGUGCCAGUGCCAGGACAUGUGCCCAUGUGACCCGGUCACAGGAAGCUGCCACGCCCUGUUCCAGGGAGAGAAGAACCACAGCAUACACAGAGCUGGCCAUUGUCUGGCCAAUCAGAUGUUUGCAACAUGGAGAGAGGAGGAGGAGGCACACAAAUCCAAGCCUUAUCUCUCUGAGCAGAGCUGGCUCAUCGUCACUGGCCUGUUGACCUCUCUGCUGUUGGCCAGCGUGGUGGGUCACCUGAUGAAAAUGUGUUGGGGGUCUGUUGCUCACCACACUGGCCUUGAGGACUACUCCUACGUGCCACUGACCGAGAUCAAUGGUGGUGCGUGCGGUUCAGGGGUCAGAGGGGAAGGGUCGCAACCCAGUAAAGAAGCUUUCGAGAUGGAGGACUCAGACUCCCAGGAUGACCUGUGGCCGGGUCCGCGCUGAGGGAGGGUGAUGGGGGACGGGUGGGAGUGAGCCUACCCUGUUAGGACUGUGUCUGGAGGAGCGCUCUCUAACGUACUGUAAAGAGGAGGGGAGGAAGGUUUAGAUAGAAUGGGAUGCAAUCAAAGAAGGAGAGGAAGAGAUGGAGCCAGGGAUACAGAGUGAGAAGGGCAUAAAGAGUGCAGAGCUGGAGGGAGUGCAGAGCAGAGAGAUGGAUCCAAAAGGUGGAGGGAGAGAUGAAGAGGCCCUCGGAUGUUUCACACUCUAUCCCCUAUUUGUAUUUCCCUCCGGCUCAUCAGCCACCAUCUCGUUAUCCAGAGUGGAUGUAAAGAAAGAGAAAAACAGACUGAAAAGAAAGAGGCAUAGAAGCAAAAGGAGGAAGAAAAUAACUUCUCUUUCACCCUUUGUACUUGUUUUUAUAGUAAAUUACUCUCUUUUAAUGUCCUCCACUCUAUAUUUUUCUAAGUGACAAAGAAGAAGAAACAAUAUGCCAACAUAUUUGAUCGUGACUGAUUUAUUUACAAAUGAGUGAGAGACAGUUUAUUUACAAAUGAGGAUGUGUGUUUCCCUAUGACAAUAGGUAUUUUAAGGGGACAUAAACAGAGAAGAGGAUUUUGGUCCUUUUGUCAGCCACCCUUAUGUUUGCAAUCCUGUUCCACAAACAGCAAACGGGUGGGAUGGAUUUCUCCACCUGUUGCCAUGGGAACAAACAAGGUAAGAACUUUGAACCCUAGCCAGGAAAUCCCCAACGCUCCGAACCCGCUGAACAUUGUGUUUAUGGAGUCCACUUUAUCAAAUUAUUCAAUGUAAAUAUACUCUGGUUCACUGGGAUUGUUUUUAUGAUUUCCAAACUAUUUUAUUUCUGUCUGAAGUCAUGUUUUCAGCACAUCAGUUUCCACCAGCCCUGUGAAGCACAAAUAGAAGCACGUAUUUUUGUAACCGUUCAGACAAACUGUUGAAAUCAUGUUUCAAUGUUGUCUGGGUGCCAAGUGUGCUUCUGGUUUAGCCAAAAUUGUCUAAGGCAGCAGCAGUAGGGGUUUUGAAUGCAGAAAUAAGCAUGUACCCAAACUAGUUUGACAGGACCUGAGUAAGUUUUUUUUUCUUUUCUUUGUCUGACAGAGAUGAAGUUUGUUGACCGCUCCUUGAUCCCAAUCUCAAUUAUUUAACAGAAAGCUCAUGCUACUUAAUUUUUUUAGUUGAUGCUUCUCACAGAGACAAGGAAAUCUUUGAUGACCUUUUUUGCACCUUGAUAGACUCCAUGUUCCAUCUCUUUUCCAUGUUAUGAGAUUUGUGUGGCGGCUUGGUGAGGUAGAAAGAUGAGUUUGUUAGAGGGAUGAUGACACUAUUGGGGUAGUAUAUGGUCAUGGGGGGGGUAAGGGAAUGGUGUAAUUAUGUUGGGAGAGUGGGGAUGUAAAGCGGGACGGUGUUCAACUUUAAUAAAACAAAUAGUAUGUACACAAGGAUAGGAUUCACUUUGAGACAUUCCAGGGGUUGUUAUAUUACAAGGCUGUGGGAGAAGACUUGAUGGGAAAUGUGUGUUUAUGUUGGUGUUCUUACAUGUGUAUUUAACAUACAGAUUACCAGAUUGUGGUCUAUAUGAAGGCUGUUAUGGAGUUGGGUUGCCCCACAGACGCUCAAAAACAGUGAAAGGACUUUAUACCAUGAUAAUGACUCACUGUGUGCUAGCGAUGCUGUUGUGUUUGUAUAGUUGCCUAUCUUGACUCUCACUUCCUUGAACUGGUGAAGAGAAUGGAGGGAUUUCCUUUGCAUUCUCACUAGUGAACUUCAGGCAAAAUGCAAAUUAAGGUGAUCGCUUGAGUAGAUGUUUGUUUCAAUACAUUUGCCUGUUGAAGAGAGUUGCGAGACUGGUUUUGUAUGAUUGUUUGGUAAUUUGUAGAAAUCUUACUAUGCUGCUUCUAUGAGCUAGCUGGCCAACAAGAGGUACCCGGCCUCACUACCCUGGAACAUAUAGGCGGCAGGUAGGCUAACGGUUGACGCGUUGGGCCAGUAACCGAAAGGUCGCUAGUUCAAAUCUACGAGCCAUCAAGGUAAAAAAUCUGUCUGUGCC